AUAAAACGCAGGGACUGCCAUCUAUAAUAUCGUUUCUAUCACUGUCUCAUGCAACCAUAUUCAAGCGGCAGGUCUUUCCUUCUGUUCUAAUCGCGUGGGGGAUUCACAAUGGGUGCAUACAAGUAUAUGCAAGAAUUGUAUCGCAAGAAGCAAAGCGAUGUACUCCGCUUCUUGUUGCGUGUUAGAUGCUGGCAAUAUCGGCAAUUAACAAAAAUGCAUCGUGCUCCAAGACCAUCCAGGCCUGAUAAGGCACGCCGCUUAGGAUACAAAGCUAAGCAAGGCUUUGUCAUCUUUAGAAUUCGUGUACGUCGUGGUGGACGUAAACGUCCUGUACCAAAAGGUGCAACAUAUGGUAAACCAAAAAGCCAUGGUGUAAAUCAACUUAAACCUACCAGAAAAUUACAAUCUGUGGCUGAAGAACGUGUUGGUCGUCGUUGUGGUGGUUUAAGAGUAUUAAACAGCUAUUGGGUGGCUCAAGAUUCAUCCUAUAAAUAUUAUGAAGUCAUUUUGAUUGAUCCUGCACAUAAGGCUGUUCGAAAUGAUCCUAAAGUAAAUUGGAUAUGUAACGCAGUACAUAAACAUCGUGAACUUCGUGGAAAGACCUCAGCUGGUAGGAGUUCACGUGGCUUAGGUAAAGGACAUCGUUAUUCGCAAACAAUUGGUGGAUCACGGCGUGCUGCAUGGCUUCGAAGAAAUUCUCUGUCGCUACGAAGAAAGCGAUAAUUAUUUUUUAUUGUUUGUCAUUUACAUCAUUAAAAAACACGAUACAUCAUUUUAUUGUAUAUUCGUAUUGUAUCAAUAUAAUGGUGUAUCCUGUGAAAAAUAAA